CCCAUCGCAGCGCGCAGGGUCACUGAAUGUAGAGUUUAUGGGCAAAACCGUGGACAAGCCAAUGGACACAACUUUUUUUUUUUUUGAGUGGCAGAGACGUCAGCCAAUAACAGGCACUGUUCUGGUUUUGUUAUGACCAUACAGCCAAUAGUAAUUGAUGGAAUUUUAAAAGAGGCGGGUCCCGGCGGCUUCAGUGGCGGAACAGAUGGCGGCGGCGGCGGAUUGCGAUAGUGUCCGGUGGAGGAGGGGAUAACCGGAGGGAGCCGAGCAUAAAGAAAGCCGCGGGGGCGAGGAUUAGCACUUCGGGAAAGAAACGGUUAAUUUCUCGUCGCACGAGCUUUUCCAUUCAUUUGUUCCGGAGCGGUAGAGCAGCGCGCGGACGGUGUGGGCAGAGGCCUCAGCGGGGGAUCCGGUACCGAGCCCCGACUCUGGACCGGACUUUCCCGGUUGAAAGUGUCUGUUCUAGGGGCGAAUAACCACAUCUCUGCUCGGUGCUAACCGGCGUCUCCAAAGCGCGGCGGAGGUCAGAGCUUCCCUGUCGAGUCGGUUAAAGGGACGGACUGUAGCCGGCUAGCUGAGGCUAACUGACCGCCCAUUCAGAAAUAAUGGCGAGUUGGCUAGCUGUAUUAGCCUGCUAGGCUAAAUAACAAUGGGCAGAUGAGCUGGUGGCCGUUCAGAGAGCUGUGAGAGAAACUGAAAUGUAGCCUCCGGUUUGUAUGGAUCCGAGCACUGGGCUGAAGCGGCGGUAGUUGGGUAGGGCGUUAGCUGGAUUAAGUUAGCUAGCUGUGUUUAGCCGGAGUGCCGCCCGCGCGCGCGCUCCCGUGCCGUGUCCGAAUGAGAGCGCGCGCAGUCGCGUCCACACACGCCGGAGCCCCGUUCCGCCUGCUGGCCGCCUGCUGAGCGAGCAGCGACCCGACUGCGUCCGGUCUCUAACCCCGUCUCACUGCGCUUUCCGAUGGGCCGCUGAUGUGUGGAGUGAGCGCGGUGUGAAUUUCACAGGACCUGGGUUUUGGGUCUCGACCCUGAGCGCGGUGCAUCAUGGGGAAUACGGUGUCUUGCUGUGUGUCUCCCAGCGGAAGUCCGAAACUCCCGCGGCCCACCGAGCGCCUCGAGGACUACCAGAUAAACGCGGACCUGAGUGAGGACACCGGGCCGUACCUGCAGCAUAUCAGCGACCGGGAACUGCCCGAUGAUCUAGCUUUAGAGUCCAAUCCGUCAGACCAUGCUCGUGCUAGCACUAUCUUCCUCAGCAAGUCUCAAACAGAUGUUCGGGACAAGAGGAAAAGCAAUCAUAUAAACCAUGUCUCUCCUGGUCUCCUGUCCAAAAAAUACAGCUCCUGCUCGACGAUAUUCAUCGAUGAUAGUACAGUCAGCCAGCCCAACCUGAAAAGCACAAUAAAAUGUGUUACUUUAGCAAUAUAUUACCAUAUUAAAAACAGGGACUCUGACAGAUCACUGGACAUAUUUGAUGAGAAGAAGCAUCCUCUGUCUAGGGAGCAAGUUCCUGACGACUACUCGCGCACAGACCCUGAACACAAACUCAUCUACCGGUUUGUCAGGACGCUGUUCAGCGCGGCUCAGCUCACCGCCGAGUGUGCCAUCGUCACACUGGUGUAUUUAGAGCGGCUGCUGACGUAUGCUGAGAUGGACAUCUGCCCGUGUAACUGGAAGAGAAUCGUCCUGGGUGCCAUCUUACUGGCCUCCAAAGUCUGGGAUGAUCAGGCCGUGUGGAACGUAGACUACUGCCAGAUCCUCAAAGACAUCACUGUUGAAGACAUGAACGAGAUGGAGCGGCACUUCCUGGAGCUUCUGCAGUUCAACAUCAACGUUCCGGCUAGCGUCUACGCCAAGUACUACUUUGAUCUGCGCUCGCUGGCCGACGACAACAACCUGAGUUUCCCUCUGGAGCCUCUGAGCAACGAGCGCGCUCAGAAACUCGAGGCGAUCUCCAGACUGUGUGAGGAUAAGUACAGAGAUCUGAGCAGAGCCGCCAUGAGGAGAUCCUUCAGCGCUGACAACCUGGUGGGCAUCCGCAGAUCCAACGCCGUGCUCUCCUAGGCCACAUCGGCUCCGGUUCCCUCAACAAGGAUCGUGACCCACUUCAAACUGUCUUCUUCCUGUCCUCCAGUUGAGAUCUCUCUCAUCGGUGCAACAACCAAUGACCUGUCUACAUAGAAACAAAAACUGACUCAAGAGUUUUGUUUGUUUGUUUGGGUUUUUUUUUUUUUUUUUUGCUUUUUGCUUACUAUGUAGGCCACUAGCUGUGAAAUUUGUCAGUUUUUAAUUGAAAUCAAUUGCAGAUGGAGUAUUUUAAAUAAACACUAAUCAUGUAAAA